CUUUAUGAAAGGAAACCUUGGGGGUUCUUUUGCUCUUCUUGAUAAGCUUGUAAAAUUAUUUGUUUUAGUUGCUUGUAGGGUUCUGUGACAUUUUGUUGGAAUCCAUUAAUGCCACAGUUAGAGCAUCUUGAAUCUUUGGUUGGUUACACAGUGUGAUAGGAAUGACUUGCUAAAAAAAAAUUAGAAAGUCUUGGUUCACCUCUACGUGUGUCUUGUGAACAUGGUAGAGGUGGAAAAACAUCUAUUGUGGAAAAUAUCCAACCACUCUGCAUGGGAAACAGCGGGAACAAAUUGGAUUUUCUUCAAAUUCACUGUGUUUAUGUUUCUGAAGUGAAAGAAACCUCUGUCCUUCCCAUGCUUUCUGUUGACAUGGAAAACAAGGAAAAUGGCUCUCUGGAUGUCAAAAAUUCAGUAGAGAACGGGCGACCUCCUGACCCUGCUGACUGGGCUGUUACCGAUGUUGUAAAUUACUUCAGAACUGCAGGAUUUGAAGAACAAGCCAUUGCUUUUCAAGAACAGGAAAUAGAUGGGAAAUCGUUACUACUGAUGACAAGAAAUGAUGUAUUGACUGGACUUUCAUUAAAACUGGGGCCAGCUUUGAAAAUCUAUGAGUAUCACAUAAAACCUCUACAGACACAACAUCUAAAGAAUAAUUCUUUAUAGCAAACUGUCUCUUUGGGGUAACAUUGUGCCUCAAAUAAUAAAUAAGCAAUUUGGUUUCAUAUAAUGGAACUAUGUAAAACAAGAAUAUAUAUGUUAAGAAUUUAAACAAAAUGAAAAUGAUAUAUAUCCUAUUGGAUAGAUUUGGCAAUGUAGUGCACUAAGUUGAUUCAGAGUGGUGGUAUGAAUUUUCAGAUAGUACCUAAAACUUUUCUCUUUCAGCUUCUUUACUGAAGACAUUGGGAUAGUCAGAUCAUUAUAUCCUGAUGAGAAAGGGAAGAAGGUUUUUUCUUCAUUUUUAAGCCACACAAGAGGUUGACUUUUAAGAGUUACUGAAAAUACCAAAACAGGUUUAUUUACAUACAUCUCUAGGGUUGAAACAGCAAAAGUAGAUUUUGUUUUAUGCCAAAUACCUGUUGAAGUUACUGCUCCUUGUAAUUUAUGGAACUAGACUGGGAUUUGCCAACUCACCCUUUUUUUGCAGAGGGUCCUAUUUUUGACCUUAUUAAGGUUUACUUGUGGUAUGUUGCAAUGUUUAAUGCUGUACAUACAACUAACAUAGCCCCUUCUAUAGCAGAAGGCGUUGCUGAGAGUUAAAACUGGGUUGCGUAUUUUGGGUGUCAUUUAUAUUUUCAGCUUGUUUUCACCCAGUUUUAAUAGUAGUUCUAGAUACGGUAUGGUUGUUUUUAAAAAGCCUGUAUUGCUUUGUGAAAUAAAAAUGUUUGUUUUAUUUUUUUUAUUUAUAACAACUUGUUUUCUAACAAUUUUUGCAGAAGGUUGUAAAAAUAAGUUCUGCACAUUUUUUAAUAUUAUUGUAUUUCAUGGUGUUGUAAUGAAUAAUUUUUGAUGCUUUACUUGACUUAUGGCUUAGAUGCUUGUUUCCAAAAACUUGAAAAAAGCUGUCUUGUUACCAUACAUCUCUGUUAAAAGAGAGUCUUGUUCAAUCUGUUUGUACCAGUUCCCUAUUUGAUAGGCU